AAAUAUAAUCAAAUCAGAUUUCAUUCUACUUUAUUGAAUAAAAGAUGAAAUAUUUAGUUUGCUGUUUAAUCUUAGCCAUUGCUAUAACUGGAACCAUUGAUGCAGCUGUAGUGCGUGCAAUUGGUUCAGAUCCCAAACAUCCAGGAAAAUGUGUCAUAGAUGGACAUGUUUUGUCACCUGAACAGAAAUAUUAUCCACCUAAUACGUGCGGAGAAUGGACUUGUGAAGAUUCAUCUGGCAGUGCACACAUGUAUACAUGCGGUGUUUUAAGUGUUCCUUCAAAUUGUAAAAUAGAGCAAGAUCCUACUAAACGUUAUCCUGAGUGUUGUCCUCGACCUGGCAAAUGUUAUUAAAAAAAAAAAAAUUUGGCAAAUAUAUUAACUUAAAAUAACAAA